AUGUUUGGCAAUCACAAGCGUGAAGUCUCCCAGACUUCCACUCUGGGUGGCCCCUCUGGACCCGGCGGCCGUGGCCAGCUACCUAUGCUGCAGAUGCCGGACAAGCUGCGCUUCAACUUGCUCUGCAUGAUGGGAGAGUUCGUUGGCACUUUCUUGUUUUUAUUCUUUUCUUUUGCAGGAACCCAAGUCUCAAACACCCCAAAGCCUGAGCCAGGUUCGGAUCCUAACACUUCAAAUCUCCUGUACUCCUCGCUGUGCUUCGGCUUCGCUCUGACUGUCAAUGUCUGGGCAUUUUUCCGUGUGACUGGCGGUCUUUUUAAUCCUGCGGUCACUCUCGCUCUUUGCUUAACUGGUGGUAUGCCAGCUCUUCGUGGUUUGAUGGUGUUCCCAGCUCAACUCGUUGCUGGUAUUGCUGCAGCCGGUGUUGUCAGCGCUCUGUUCCCUGGGCCACUCAAUGUCGCAACUAGACUGGGAGGUGGCGCUUCCAUCUCUCAAGGGCUGUUCAUUGAAAUGUUCCUGACUGCCCAAUUGGUGCUGGUUAUCAUCAUGUUGGCCGUUGUCAAGCACAAGUCGACAUAUCUGGCUCCAGUUGGCAUUGGUCUCGCAUUUUUCCUAUGUGAGAUGGUUGGUGACUUCUACACGGGUGGUUCCCUCAAUCCUGCUCGAUCGCUGGGGCCAGACACCAUCAACCGAAGUUUCCCUGGAUAUCAUUGGAUUUACUGGGUCGGUCCUUUGUUGGGCUCGCUACUUGCUUCUGGCUUUUACCACCUUCUGUGCUGGGUCCGCUGGGAGAACAUCAAUCCCGGUCAGGAUCUCAAUGAGUGGGAGAUCAAGGCACGAAAAGCCUCCAUGGCUCCGUCGGACAACACUUUUACCGAUACUCUACACAACGGUAAUCAGGAGUCCAACGAUGUGGCGCCCGAGCAACAGGUCUAG